AUGAACACUCAAGACCCCAAGUACAAUACCUCACAUCUGGAGGAUGUCGCGAGCGUGCAAGAGGCUGUGCCUGAGAACCCGACGCGUUCAAAUUCGACGCCGUGGAGAUGUCUGGCUCAGAACCCGUGGAUCAUUCUGUUUUGUCUGUAUGGGAAUCUGGGAGCGCUCAUGUAUGGGUUUGACAACCUGGUGUUGUCGCUGGCGCUCUCGAUGCCCGGGUUCGAGAUGCAAUUCGGGCAGUUGACCAGCGGAUCAUAUGUGAUCCCGGCGUAUUGGCAGUCGUUAUGGAAUGCCAUGUCGCAAGUUGCCACGAUGCUGGGCGCCACUACGGCUGGACCGGUGCAGGACAGCUUUGGCCGCCGUGCUUCGUUCUUGCUCGGUGCGAUUUUGUCCGCGGCUGGUGUAGCCAUCGUGUAUACAGCAUCAACACCGGGAGUGUUCCUCGCGGGCAAGAUUGUCAAUGGUCUGUCGCUGGGGAUUUGCUUGACAACCGGCCAGACAUACAUCUCAGAGGUGACGCCACUGCAAAUACGUGGUAUCGCCUUAUCUGCCUUCACAUUCUGCAUGGUCCUGUUCGCCGCCGCAUGGGCUUGGCCGGGGGUUAUCGUUCUCUUCCUUCCCGUACUCCCCGAAUCCCCCUACUUCCUCGUCAUGAAAGACCGCCUCGAGAAAGCCCAAAAGUCUCUUUCGCAACUGGGAAACAGUCCAUCGCAGGUGAUGCCGCUCUUGGAUCAAAUUGUUCGGAUCAAUGAGGAGGAAAAGGCACGGAGCGCUGCGGCAAAGGGUGCCAGCUUCCUUGAAUGCUUUCGUGGCACUAAUUGGCGGCGUACUAGAAUCAUCAUUAUUUGCAAUGCCCUGUCGCAGGUCAUCGGUUCCAGUUUCAUGUCGAAUGGACCGUAUUUCCUUGUCCAGGCGGGCAUGUCCUCGUCUAAGGUUGGCAUGAUGACCGAGAUUGGGAUUGCCUUUGGUAUUGCCAGCUCGAUCCUGACUGCCUAUCUUAUGGCGAAGUGUGGACGCCGAAGCAUUAUCAUUUUUGGCAUCUCGCUGUCGACCGUGCUCUAUAUUGUCAUGGGAAUUGCAGGGUGUUUCCCCUCCUCACCCACGGCGCUGUGGGUCGUCGGUAUUUUCCUCGAACUGACGUGGUGGGUCUAUGGCCCAGCUAUCGGACCGGCAAUGUCCAUCGCCGGAGAAGUCUCCGCGGUGCGUCUUCGUGCCAAGUCGAUGGCCAUUGGCUUCACAUUUAACUACUUCUUUUCAACCAUAUGGAACGUUGUCAUCCCAUACCUGUACAACACAGACGAGGCAAAUCUGGGCGGCAAGAUGGGAUGGAUCUUCGCGGGCCUGGGUGCGAUCACUCUUGUUAUCAUCUACUGUGAGGUCCCUGAGACCAAGGGACGAUCAUUCGAGGACCUGGAUGAGAUGUUCAGUGAGAAGGUCAGCACUAAGGCAUUCCGGACAUACCAGUGCUCCAUGCCUCAGGGACUGCAGAAGCUCGGGGGGAGUAAAGUAAUGGAUCUUUCGGCUAUCGUGUCCGGUCCAUUCUAUUUCACAAGAUAG